AAUGUCUUGUUGACUUGUCACAUUCCUUGUGAAUAGUAUUUAAAGAAUUACAAGUGUGAUCAAACCAAGUUUGCUUCAAAUCAUUAUAAAUGAAUAAAGUAUAUGAUAACAAAUCAAUACCUUGUUGCCUUUUUAUUAUUUAUUUUUGCGUUUUGUCAAAAAAAUGAUUGUUAAUGGCAUAUUUUGAGCCAGUUUUGGCUUCGAAGCCCCGCCUACCGAAUUUAACCUCAAGUUGACCUGUAACAGAUAUGAUGUGAACGCUGUGCCAACUUUACAGCCGCUCUCUGUUGACUGACUCGACGUAUUGUAUCGUAUUGACAUUGUUGUUGAUAAACAACCAUUGAAGGCAGUACUGUACUUUGUUCUAAAACAAUGCCUAAAUGUGUGGCUGCUGGGUGCAGUAACAGCCAUGCGAAUAAUGUUAGUAUACAUCUGUUCCCGAAAGAUGAAUUUCUAAGAAAGAAAUGGGUCGCAGCUGUAUUUAAAACAAGAGUGAAUUUGAUACAGCUGCGACCCAUUUGUAUCUAUCAAAAACAAGAGUGAAUUUUCAGGGCUCCGUACAUUCUGUGUUGUGCAGCGAGCACUUAGCGACCGAUGACUUUGAGUCAAGGAGUCUACUGGCAACCAGCAUUGGGCUGUCUGGUCACACCAUCAAAAGGCUUACAAAGGGAGUAAUCCCAACUAUAUUUAAAAAAACCUCUUCGACCAGGACAGUUGAUAGGCAAUGAGAACAAAAAGCGGAGAUCGACAGCAUACGAGAAGAGGGAGCGGUCCAGGGUAAGUUGGUUUCCUUUACAAUCUCCCGCGCGUAGGUAGGCCUAGGCCUAGACCAUUUUUCGGGAGUUAAGCUGUGUCUCCCUCGAAUUUUCGGUGGUAUAAAUAAGACUAAUAAAUUUAGUCAAACAUGUUUUAAUAUAAAUUAAUUAAUUUGUAUUCGUCGUUUUGUUUUCAAAAUUAAAAUAUACGAUAGUGUGUUGUCUACCACCACCGUUUGUAUGACUAUGUUGAUCUGGUUAAUAGUUUCAUUGUAACCUGGGGUAAAUUUAGAUAUACAUAUGGCCUAAUUAAUAUCGGGCCUUUAAAACAAAUAGUUCUCCUCAAUUGGUUUUAUAAAUUAUAUCACUACAGUAUAUCACAAAUUUAUGUAAACUCAAGGGUGACAAAAUUUAACAUUUUUGCUUGAACAAGUAUUAUCGUGAAUAAAGUUUCAAUGACCUAAAUACUUUUAUAUCGGUAAAAAAUUAAUUUAUGAGAAUACAAAAAGUCAAAUCUUUUUUUGUACAGGUGUUGCAGGAGAUUUUUAUUAACAGUGAAGAACAACCAGCAGCUGAACCAAUGACUCCUGCUACAAAUGAGGUACAGGUUCAGACUGACCCUUUAGAACCAGUUCACUGUGGAUGCUGUCAAAAGAAUAGAAAGAGGACAAAGACAGCAGAUUUCAGUGUGCAAUUUCAGACAAAAAUGGCAGACAAAGGUAUGCAGAUAUUUCCAGAGAAGCAACAUAAUGAAAGUGGUUUUGCUAUAGGUAUAGAAGACAAUAAUACAGAGGAUGAAACUGAGGACGACACUGAUAAUGACACAGAAAGCGACACCGAGGAUGACACUGAUAACGACACAGAAAGCAACACAGAGAAGGAGGCAGAGGAUGAGGAUGAUGACGUUAACAAUGACACAGAGGACGAUCCCAAUGACCCAGAUUAUGAUCCAUCGGAGGAUAUUGAUGUGGAGCCUGAGGUGUACAAUGAAGGAAAUGUAGACUAUGUGCAGGGUGACCUCUACAAAGGACGAAAGUUUCUUGUUUAUGAAGACCAGCUUCUUGCAGCCUUUUGGAACUGUCCAAUGUGCAGUGCACAGACAGAUAGUACUGUUUGUUCCGUCCGAAGUACUUUUUGUCGCAUGCGCCAACUUUGCUCAUCUUUAGACUUCAAAAGGGUAUGGGAUCCACCCCAGCUGGAAAUGUUUUGCUUUCGGCAGCUAUCCUGUUUUCCGGAUCAUGUGCUGCAAAAUCAUUGCGACUUUUGAAACAUUUAAGAUGUGCAAGCUUAUCCUCGCAUACCUUUUUUGUUCACUAAAAGAAUUUUCUGUUGCCGAGCAUAGAGAAAUUAUGGAAAGAUAGUCAAUCAAAGUGGAUUGAAGGAUUACAAGAAGGCCAGAAAGUUGUUGUUGGCGGUGAUGGACGGUGUGAUUCACCCAGUCACUCAGCAAAAUAUGGCUGUUAUACACUAAUGGAGCUCAAUAGUGGGAAAAUCCUUGAUGUUCAACUUGUGCAGUCUAAUGAAGUUAGUUCAAGCCAUGCCAUGGAGAAAGAAGGCCUUAAAAGAGCAGUGAAGAAUCUCAAAGACAGUGGAGUGAAGAUUGACUUGUUGAUUACAGAUCGUCA